UCGCUGAGAGGAUGACGUUGUCCGCACGGAGCGAAUUGUUGAGUUGUGAUCUCGUCCGUAUGCCCGCAGUCAAGUCAGCCGCUGCCGCCGCCACUGCCGCCGUCACUCUUUUGUGACUUCCAGCAGGAGCUGUGUUGCUGCGCCGUUGUGUUGUGUCGUGUUGUUGAGUGCGACAAGUGCUGAGUCGAGGCGGGUGUUAAGUGUUGUUUUGAUCGUUGCAAUGGAACUGCGUAGCUGUGCUUUGUUUUGCAUUUUGCUCUUUGUUGUUGGAUUCAAUGUGAUCGCUGUGACGGCUAGACCGCGCGGACGGCCAAACAUUUGCCUGCAGCCACCGCCAAGGUCAGAAGGUGUUUGCACUAUCGAAAUCGAGGGUUUCUACUUUGAUCCGCGCACCAAUGAUUGCCAAAUGUAUGUGUUGGGUGGCUGUCGCACAGUACCGGGGCAGAGCUUUGGCUCACGACAAGAUUGCUUGGACACUUGCGUGCAUUUGACGCGGCGUAUACAGGACUUGCGUAUCAACGAAUGAGCAAUGUUGGGGUUGGAAAAAUGAUUUACACGAUAUGAGACUCAUACAAAAAAAAAAAUGUAUUAACAGGAAACUGCAUGAAG